GAGUCGAACCCGAUUCCCAGGUUUUCUAGGUAUCGUUCUGGCUGCCAUUGGCUUAGUAGUGGCUGCUGUUCGCUUUUUGCGAUAGGCUCUUAUUUUCCCUCGUGUGAUUCUGUAGCUCGGCAGCACGUCCUCUUCACGAUGUCGCCUGGCCAGGAAAAGUAUAUCCGAUAUCUUUUGUUCGCGGUGGCGGGAGUCGCACUAUUCUUCUACUUCACGAGAGGCUCGCUCCCCAUUCCCGACAAUUUCGCAACGAAAACGGGCUAUGCGGCCGCGAAAUCCCCAGCGAACCUUUCUCCGCAUUCUCUCCAAGAUCCGACAUCACCGGAGGACUCCCUGGAAGAACCCGAAGUGACAUAUGCAAGUGAUGUUUUGAAAUUCGCCGCCACCCACCCCGGUGGUCGAACGAAUGCGACUUUUGUGACCCUCGCAAAGAAUUCUGACUUGUGGGAGAUUGCCAAAUCUAUUCGACAGGUGGAGGGCCGUUUCAAUCACAAGUUUCACUAUGACUGGGUCUUUUUGAACGACCAGCCGUUCGACGACGACUUCAAACGGAUCACUACCUCCCUAGUGUCCGGAACUACAUACUAUGGAGAGAUUCCGGAGGAGCAUUGGUCAUACCCCGACUGGAUUGAUCAGGAUAAGGCGAGCCGGGUACGAGAGGAGAUGCAGAAUAAGAGGAUCAUCUACGGGAACUCCGAGAGUUACCGGCACAUGUGUCGCUACGAGUCUGGAUUUUUCUUCCGCCAUCCAUUGUUGAAAGACUAUGAGUUCUACUGGCGAGUGGAGCCUAGCAUCGAACUCUUCUGCGACAUUCCUUACGACCCAUUCCUCUACAUGAAGGAGAACGACAAGAAGUAUAGCUUUGUGAUGAGCAUGUAUGAGUAUUACGACACAAUUCCAACUCUCUGGCCAACAGUGAAGAAGUUCGCUGCCGAUUAUCCUGAGUAUAUCGCAGAGGGAAACUCUAUUGACUUUUUGAGCGACGACGGAGGCAAAACAUUCAACAAGUGUCACUUUUGGUCGAAUUUCGAAAUUGGAAGCCUGGACUGGUUGAGAUCCAAGGAAUAUCUGGAGUACUUCGAAGCACUUGACCGAGGGGGUGGAUUUUUCUAUGAGCGAUGGGGUGAUGCUCCCAUCCAUUCAAUCGCUGCCGGAUUGAUGCUUAAGAAGGAACAAAUCCAUUUCUGGAAUGAAAUUUCUUACUACCACAUUCCAUUCACCCAUUGCCCCCUCGAUGACCGAUUGAGGACGGAACUUCAAUGUACCUGCGACCCUAAGCUUACUUUUGACUGGAGGGCCACCUCUUGCCUGUCCCGUUACUAUGAGAUUAACCACAUCCCGAAACCGCCCGGGGUCGACCAUUAUAGUCCACUAGCGGUGCUGGGAGGAGUAAUCCUCUCAGCAGCCCUUGUUGGGAUCUUGGUCAUUGCCGUUAGCCCCCGUUCUCGAGGGUUUGUCCUUCACAAAACACGGCGCUUCCUUCUGGAAGCUCAAGCUCUCUGGGAAGAAUAUAGGAGAGACAGACUCGCAAAAUCAUGAGCGAGAAUACACACCUACUAUGUUAAGGGGAAUGCAACAUUCUCACCAUGUACAUCAUCAUCCACACCAUACAUACAUACACUGAACAUCCCGACAUAAUCAAAAUUCGGUGGGAGGAUUUUGUUUUUCUUGUUUUUACGAAGUAUUCGGAGCUUGGCGCCAUUGGUACAUUCCUAUUUCCAUUUUUAUUUCUUUCACAGUGACUGGCUGGCGUCCGUGGGAUUUUAGGGUUCGGGCAUUCAGGUGUCGAGACUCCGGCGUUAUCUCUGCAUCAAAAGGGUGUUCGGUCUGAAUUCACACCUGCGUUUUAUAGAUACCUAUAUUUGUACAUAUGUAUAUGUAUGAUCUGAGGGAGCUAGGUUAUUCCAAACCGUGCCCAAGAAACGAAAGAAAAAAAGAGAUUCGACAAGAAAUAUUUAUUUAGUACAAUCAUCCGAUGGGAGUAA